AUGGACUUGGCAGGCGUGCUGCUGGCGUUGCUCCUCGUGCUAGUGCUGGUUGUCUCGCUGCUCUCCAACCUCCUGGUGCUGCUAUGCUUCGUCUACAGUACAGAGAUCCGCAAGCAGGUCGCCGGGGUUUUCCUGGUGAACUUAUCCUUUUGCAACCUGCUCCUCACCGUCCUGAACAUGCCUUUUACCCUGCUGGGGAUCUUGAAGAAUCAGCAACCCCUCGGGGGCUGCGUCUGCAAAGCGGUGGGCUUCCUGGAAACUUUCCUGACUUCCAACACGAUGCUGAGCAUGGCAGCACUCAGCAUCGACAAAUGGAUUGCUGUGGUGUUCCCCUUAAGCUACACCAGCAAGAUGCGGUAUAAGGAUGCUGUGAUACUGAUGGGCUACUCCUGGCUCCACUCCCUCACUUUCCCCUUGGUUUCCUUGUUUUACUCGUGGGUAGAUUACAGCAGUGUUUAUGCCUCUUGCACCUUGCACCUGAAGGAAGAGACGGAGCGGAGAAGGUUUACAGUGUUCACCAUCGUCUUUCACUCCACCAGUUUCAUGCUGUCACUGGUGAUCUUGUGUUUCACCUAUUUAAAGGUGUUGAAAGUUGCCCGGUUCCACUGCAAGCGGAUAGACAUUAUUACCAUGCAGACUCUGGUUUUGCUGGUGGAUAUCCACCCCAGUGUGAAGCAGCGCUGCCUUAAUGAGCAGAAGCGGAGGAGGCAGAGGGCUACAAAGAAAAUCAGUAUUUUUAUAGGGUCGUUCGUGGUCUGUUUUGGUCCUUACAUUAUCACCAGGUUGAUAGAGCUCCUUCCUUUUGUUACCAUAAAUUACUACUGGGGAAUUAUAAGCAAGUGCCUCACCUACAGUAAGGCUGCAUCAGAUCCAUUUGUUUACUCACUUCUGCGUCAACAGUACAAAAAAGUUCUGAUCAACAUAGUCAACAGGAUACUGAAGAGGGACCUGUAUCCAUCAUCAGGGUACAACAGCUCUCUCGACACUGAAAACGAUUACUGCUUGCACAGAGCAAACUAA